AUGAUAGCCAAUCCUAAUGCCAAACAAUUUCGAUAUACUGGACUACAAUAUUCGAACGAGUUAAAAGCAUUAUUUGACGGUGUUAGAGCAACAGGAAGAUUUUCAUGGGGACCAUCAAAAGAAGGGUUUCCUACUGAUGGCACUCAGUCACAAUCACAAACGUACAUUGAUCUUGACAUUGGAUCUCUUGAGACACCUUCUUCGCCAAAUGGUGAUGCGGAAAAACAUGGCAAUAAACGGCAAAAGAAAAACAAGUCUGAUGAUCUUGAUAAACAACUGCUUGAAGCUCUUCACACUUUACAAAGUUCUGAUGGGCCAACACUAGAAGAAUGCAAUCGUACUCUGGAUGAGAUGCAACUUUUUGACAUGAGCGACCCAUUAUAUAUAGUUGCAUGUAGCAUUUUUUGCGAGAGCAAGGCACACAGGGAGCAAUGGAUGCUAUUACAUCAAAAACCAGAAGUAGUUAGAAAAAGCUGGAUAGAGUUGAAUGGCAAGAACAUGUUGUCUGAUAAGCAAAAGAGCGCAUUAAAGAUUAUCGCACUUAUUUUGAUCAUCAAAAUAUUGAGGAAAAAACGUAUUGGAAGAAGGCCUGAUACUGACUCUAUGCUUACCGGACCUGGAUAUAUGAAAGAACUUGUAACAGGAAACCCCGCACAUUGUCAGGAAAUGUUACGGAUGAAAAUAGAAGCAUUCGUAAGUAUGUGUCAUCACUUUCGUAUUAGAGGAUGGCUUCAAAAUAGUCGUUACAUAUCUGUAGAAGAAAAGGUCGCAAUGUUUCUCAUAGCAUUGAGUCACAAUAUACGGAAUCGUUUGGUUAAAAGAAGAUUCAAUCAUUCAACACAAACAAUACAUAGGUACUUUUAUGAAGUAUUGCAUGCGAUGCUGAACUUCUCAAAAGAGAUGAUUGUUAACACACCUUAUGAUCAGCCGGCACAUCAAAUACGAGAGAACCAUCGUAUUAGACACAUAUUUCAGGGUGCGGUAGGUGCGCUUGACGGAACUCUUAUUUCAGCAGUUGUGCCAUGUGAUCAACAAAUUCCAUACAGAGGACGAGGAAGAGGAGAAUGUUACCAAAAUGUGCUUGCUAUAUGUGACUUUGAUAUGUUGUUUACAUUUGUGUGGGCUGGUUGGGAAGGGGUAGCACAUGACUCACGGGUGCUAAGAGAAACUAUGAGUGAUCCAGCAAACAACUUUCCAAUUCUUCCUCCAGGAAAAUACUUUUUAUGUGAUGCAGCAUAUACUCAUACACGUAGAUUUAUGGCACCAUACCGGAAUGUGCGGUAUUGGUUAGCUGAUUUCCAAAAUGGUCGGCGUCCUAGGAAUAAAGAAGAGCGAUUCAACCUCGCACAUGCGAGGUUACGGAAUGUGAUUGAGCGUGCUUUUGGAGUUCUGAAGUCUCGUUUUCCAAUACUAAAAAGGAUGUCAUCAUAUCCUUUCGCGGUACAAAGAAAUAUGGUGAUUGCUUGCAUAACCAUGCACAAUUUAUUCGGAGGACUUGCAUUUCAGAUCAAUUUCUUGACGAAUUCAACGAUCCAAAUGCUUCUUACAGCAAUGCUCAACAUCAUGUGGAUAAUUUCGAAGCAGGUGGAGGAUCGACCCAAGCUGAUCAAAUUUUUAUGCUCACCUUACGAGAGCAAAUUGCAACGCAUUUGAAUGCUAUAAACUACUCUUGAGUGUUAAAUUUGAUUUUGCUACUUUAAUAUUUGAUGAAGUUUCAAUGAUCAACAAUAUUUAAAAUAGUUUUUGAGUGUCUUUCUAAUAUUUUGUAUAUAAUGUUAUUAUUUUGAUAGCGGUAUCUUUGUCUAUAUAUAUAUAAUUGAUUGUGAUUUACUAGUCAUGAAUGUAUGAAGGGUAAAUUUGGAAAAUUAAUGACUUUCAGACUUCAGCUCACUGGACAGAUCAAACAGCUUAUUUAAUUCAGUGGUUAAAAUUCAGUACAUAUCAAACAGCUUGUUAGCUUAAACA